GAAGAUAUGAAAAUUAGUGAUGUGGAAGAAAAUAGCACUCCCCAAAAAGAAAAUGUGUUGCAAAGGAGUUGUUCUUUAACCUCCAAAAGUCUGCAAAACAAUUUGAACAUAAUCGAAAAGUUCGGUCAACAAAUAAGGCCGUAUUUUGGAAUUGGAUCACUUUUGAUAUUUUUGGUGGUCUAUCAUGGUUUUUUGGUUGCCGCGGGUAUUCAUAACUACCAGAAAGCUGCUCCAUUAAUUUAUGUAACAUUAUUUUUCUGGAUAUGCUAUUUAUUAAAUUUAAUCGUUGGAACCAAAACAUUUAGAGCUGUCUAUGAUGAUGUGGGGCGUAAAUUAGAGGAAAUUACAGAGCAGAAGAAAUUUGUGCCCUUAAGUCUCAAAAUUGCAUUUAUUUUUGCUCUUUUAGCAUUCACUAUUAUUGACUCAAUUCAUGAUUUGACCCGUUUGACCGGAUUUUUUGCAUACGUUUUCUAUAUUCUAUUCAUGUUUGUAUUUUCCAAUAACAGAAUGAAGAUCAACUGGUCCGUUGUAUCCAGCGCCUUAAUCAUGCAUUACUGUGUAGCACUCAUCAUCCUAAAAUGGUCGACAGGACAGUGGUUCUUCCAAAAAUUUGCUGAACUUAUAGUUGGAUUUCUGGAAUUUGCACAAGUUGGAGCCAAGUUUGUAUUCGGAUUCAUUGCUGGACCACCAAAUAUUUGUGAUUUGGCGCCCGUCUUUAUAUUCACCUCACUUCAAACUCUCAUCUACUUCUCAGCGGUUGUCGCAUUGCUCUUCUAUUUUGGAAUUAUUCAAGUCGUACUACAAAAGAGCCAAUGGUUCAUGAAAGUGCUCAUUGGCACGACGCCAGUGGAAUCUGUAAAUGCGUGGGCGUGCACCUUCCUUGGAAUGUCUGAAGCGCCAUUGAUGGUGGCUCCCUACAUCGAGAAGCUCACAGAUUCGGAAAUUUUUGCGAUAGUUACCAGUGGAUUCGCUUGUGUUGCUGGAACUGUAUUCACAGCGUAUGUUGCUCUUGGAGCAUGCCCAAUUUACUUGCUCACUGCAAGUUUGUUGUCGGCUCCAAUGAGCUUGGCCUGCUCGAAGAUUAUGUUUCCAGAGACCGAGGAGUCGAACGUUAAGGAAGAAGACUUCAAGCUAGAGCACAAUGACAAAAGAGGAUUUUUCGACACUCUGUGCUCAGCAGGAGUUGCGUUGGUCCCUACGGUUUUUGCAAUUGGUGCAACGUUGGUGGUUAUCAUGUCACUUUUAGCAUUUUUGGAUGCAGUUAUGGAGUAUAUCGGAGACCUCAUUGGGUACGAUGGUUGGACAUUUCAAAUGCUGUUUGGUUACGCGUUCUUUCCAUUGGCCUAUAUGAUGGGUGUCAAUGAUAAUUCAGAUCAAACUUUAUUAGUUGCACAGCUAAUGGGUACCAAGACCGCGGUCAACGAAUUUGUGGCCUACAACAAUUUGGGAAUUUUACAAAAAGCAGGCAAGCUCCAACCAAAAUCAGUCGUUAUUGCCACAUACGCCCUUUGCGGUUUCUCGAAUUUCUCCUCAAUGGGAAUGUCAAUUGAAUUUCUUGGCGGUCUGGCUCCAAGUAAAAGAUCCACAAUUUCAAAGCUAGUGCUCCGUGCUCUUUGCGCAGGGUCCAUUGCGUGCUUUAUGAAUGCCACUGUCGCAGGCAUUUUGAUCUCAUCCCCAGUGAUUUGCCAGUCAUCUCAAAAAAGUGAUACGUGUUUCCGGAUUCCUAGCGGAUAAAUUCAAAGUUUUUUUAAUGUACAUAUAUUAUUCUAUUGUAUAAAAAUUUUUUUCUGAAAAUUUUAACACCUAUUCUGCACCACCACGUGCUUCACACCUCUAAAGUGCCCAUAAAAUAUUAUCAGUGAAUUUUUUAUUCGAUUCCAUUUACACUUGCUCAAGACAUGCUUACUGAUGUAUCUACUGUUCUGUUUUAGAAACUUUUGCUUUUCUUACAAUUUGUUCUCAUUGUUGGCAGGGUUUGGUACAGAAAAAGUACA